CCCUGAUUAUAGAAGGUCAUGAAGCUUCAGCUCGCGAGCCGUUAGCAUUUAGCUAGCUCAUCCAUCGACUCUACAUCUCCGCGAGCAGGUUCAUUCAUCCGCCAAAAAUGGAGUGGGCAAGUCAACUAUGUGAGAACCGAGGCUUGGGAUCCAAGAUGACAGACUCCAAAUAUUUCACCACUACCAAGAAAGGGGAGAUCUUUGAGUUGAAGGCAGAGCUCAAUAGUGAUAAGAAAGAGAAGAAAAAGGAGGCAGUGAAGAAGGUCAUUGCGUCUAUGACAGUGGGAAAAGAUGUCAGUGCUCUGUUUCCUGAUGUUGUCAACUGCAUGCAGACGGAUAAUCUGGAGCUGAAAAAGCUGGUUUAUCUGUAUUUGAUGAAUUAUGCCAAGAGCCAACCAGACAUGGCCAUUAUGGCAGUGAACACCUUUGUAAAGGACUGUGAGGACCCAAACCCUCUGAUCCGUGCGCUGGCUGUGCGCACCAUGGGCUGCAUCCGAGUGGACAAGAUCACGGAGUACCUGUGUGAACCUCUGAGGAAGUGUCUGAAAGAUGAAGACCCCUAUGUGAGGAAGACUGCUGCAGUUUGUGUUGCUAAGCUCCAUGACAUUAACGCUCAGCUGGUAGAAGACCAGGGCUUCCUGGACACCCUAAAAGACCUGAUCUCUGACUCAAACCCCAUGGUGGUAGCAAAUGCAGUUGCGGCUCUGUCCGAGAUAGCAGAAUCUCAUCCUAACAGCAACCUUCUGGACCUGAAUCCUCAGACCAUUAAUAAGCUUCUGACAGCCCUUAAUGAAUGCACUGAAUGGGGUCAGAUCUUCAUCCUCGACUGCCUGGCCAACUACACACCCCGUGACGACCGCGAGUCACAGAGUAUCUGUGAGCGUGUAACUCCACGGUUGUCCCACGCCAACUCUGCCGUGGUGCUGUCUGCCGUGAAGGUUCUGAUGAAGUUCAUGGAGAUGCUUCCUAAAGAUCUAGAUUAUUACGGCACCCUGCUAAAGAAACUUGCUCCUCCCUUGGUCACGCUCCUCUCAGCUGAACCUGAACUGCAGUAUGUUGCCCUAAGGAACAUCAACCUCAUCGUACAGAAACGGCCUGAAAUUCUAAAGCAUGAGAUGAAGGUAUUCUUUGUGAAAUAUAAUGAUCCGAUCUAUGUCAAGCUGGAGAAGCUGGAUAUCAUGAUCCGCCUUGCGUCUCAGGCCAACAUUGCUCAGGUGCUGGCUGAGCUGAAGGAAUACGCCACUGAAGUGGACGUAGACUUUGUGCGUAAAGCUGUACGAGCCAUUGGCCGCUGCGCUAUUAAAGUAGAGCAAUCAGCAGAGCGUUGUGUCAGCACGCUGCUUGACCUCAUUCAGACCAAGGUCAAUUAUGUGGUGCAGGAAGCUAUUGUGGUCAUCAAGGACAUCUUCCGAAAGUACCCCAACAAGUACGAGAGCGUGAUUGCCACCCUGUGUGAGAACCUCGACUCUCUGGAUGAGCCUGAGGCCCGGGCAGCAAUGAUCUGGAUUGUGGGAGAGUACGCAGAGAGGAUUGACAAUGCUGACGAGCUGCUGGAGAGCUUCCUGGAAGGCUUUCAUGAUGAGAGCACACAGGUGCAGUUGCAGUUGCUGACAGCUAUUGUGAAGUUGUUCUUGAAGAAACCCACCGAGACCCAGGAGCUGGUGCAACAAGUGCUCAGUCUCGCCACACAGGAUUCUGAUAACCCUGAUCUGCGCGACCGUGGCUACAUCUACUGGCGUCUGUUAUCUACAGACCCUGUGGCAGCUAAAGAGGUGGUGCUGGCUGAGAAGCCUCUGAUCUCAGAGGAGACAGACCUGAUUGAGCCCACCCUGCUGGAGGAGCUCAUCUGCCACAUUGGUACUCUGGCCUCAGUCUACCACAAACCCCCCAGUGCUUUUGUGGAGGGCAGCCGUGGCGUUCAGCAUAGGAGACUUCCUCCUCGUGUUGGCUCUGUUGAGAGUGCCGAGAGCCCUGAUGUUGGCCAGUCUGGACCUUCUGAAGCUCCAUCCGCUGUCAUUCCAUCACAGGGUGAUCUCCUGGGUGACCUGCUGAACCUGGAUCUGGCCCCGCCCACUGCCACUGUCCCUGCAGUGCAGCCCUCAAUGCAGAUGGGAGCCAUGGACCUACUGGGAGGAGGUCUGGAUAGUCUGAUGGGCGAUGAAUCAGAUACGCCGGGUGUUUCCCACAGGACAGAGGUGCAUUCUCCCCAGCCAUCUUCUGAUUAUAGUGAGAGAGAGCUGGGAGGAGACAUCGGCGGAAGUCCUUCGAUGGGUGCCGGUCUGGGGGUGGCCCCAACAGCCAUGCCUGCUGCUCUCGGUGGUGCUCCUGCUGUUGGAGGUGGAUUGGGUGACCUUUUUGACCUUGGUGGGGGUGUUGGCAUGCCAACAGGAUUCUACGUUGUUCCUAAAACUCUGUGGUUACCUGCAAUGAAGGCUAAAGGACUCGAGAUUUCUGGGACAUUUGCCCGACGUGGUGGGAUCAUUCAGAUGGAUAUGUCUCUCACCAACAAAGCCAUGAGCGUCAUGACUGACUUUGCCAUUCAGUUCAACAGGAACAGUUUUGGUCUGGCCCCUGCUGGCCCUCUGCAGGUUUUGACUCCUCUGAGCCCCAAUCAGACCAUUGAUGUCAGUCUGCCUCUCAGCACAAGCGGCCCCGUCAUGAAAAUGGAACCACUCAACAAUCUGCAGGUAGCUGUAAAGAAUAACAUUGACGUGUUCUACUUCAGCUGCCAAUUUCCCAUCAGCCUGCUCUUUGUAGAGGACGGAAAGAUGGAACGUCAGGUGUUCCUGGCCACCUGGAAGGAUAUUCCAAAUGACAAUGAGGCACAGUUCCAAAUCAAAGACAUCCAUCUCAACUCAGACGCGGCCAGCAACAAGCUGCAAGGCAGUAAUAUCUUCACCAUAGCCAAGAGAACAGUGGAGGGGCAGGACAUGCUUUACCAGUCCAUCAAACUCACCAAUAGCAUCUGGGUGCUGGCAGAAAUGCGUGUGCAGACUGGAAACCCCAACUACACGCUGUCGAUAAAGUGCAGAGCGCCAGAGGUCUGUCAGUUUGUGUACCAGUGCUAUGAGAUGGUGCUGAAGAACUGAAAUGGAGGGAACCAAGAGGAAACCGCAGGUCCUGGGCAUCGUUUGGGUGACUGAAAACUUGAUUGGACCGGUCAGAGAAAACAAAAACCCACUGUCUUGCAUUUCCCUCAGACUGUGCUUUUAGCAUUGACUGAAUCCCAAGGAAUUUUUCUUCAUUAUUUUGUCCAUUCCCAAGACCCUUCUUUGUCCCUCCUGUUUCCACCCUUUAGUCGUAAAAUCUCUCUCUAAAAUGUGACAAAACACAAAAUAUAAAAUAUCAUCUUUAUUCCACACAUACAUUAUGUGUAUUCUGGCUGCUUGUUUUUCCCCCUCAUGGAGGGCAGAGAUCGUGUGCAGAAGAUCUCAGAGUUUCCUGUAUUCGUCAUUCAUCCAAUGGUGGGAAGGGUAUGUUUACUACAGUUGAGAGAAACCUUUCAACACUGCUGUUUUUAAUUUAGUCUUCAUAAUCAGACGAUGGGCCACUUGGUUUGUGUGAGUCGUUGAGGUUCAAAUAUGGAUUUAUUUAUUUAAUUCUGUUUUAGUAACGCUCGUCUCCCAUAUUUCAUUAUUAAUUUCACACAAUUUAUUUUAAGGGAAUGCUGUGUUUAUCCAGAAGCACUACACAAAUGCUGAGUAAACUUUUUUUGGUCUCCAGAUUAUGUCUGUAUUUUGUGACCAAGAUCGUUUUAUUAAGUUGGGUUUAUUUUCUGUCUUUUGUGUUCUGUGUACCAGUUUGUGUGUGUGAUUUGGAGAUGCAACAUUCUGCAUGUUUUGUUCCCUCUUCUGCAAAUCUUCCCUGUCCUUCCUCAUUCCUGUGUUUGUGUCUGUGUACAUGCCCACAUAUUCGGAGACUUGUCAAUUCAGUGUGUGUGAGUUUUAUUCCAAGGAGGAUAAACUGCUGAAUCUGUGAGGAGACUUGACUCCAAAGAUCAUUCUGCAGAAAACGAUUAUUGUAUGAAUAUCUCAUAUCACACUGAACACAAUGCAUCUGGAGUCUCAUGCUUUGCAAAGCUACUUGUUCGUCAGACAUGUUUCUUCUCUCAUUCUUUAUGGGACUUGAAAGCUCUACACCCAUGUGAUGUUUCAUUUUGUUUUUAAAACCAUAUUGGCAAGGGUGAUCAGACCUCUCUCUCUCUCAAGCUUAAUGUAAAAUACAUACCACCACCAGAUGACUUAACACUGCUGAUCUGACACACGUAAUGCUGUGCGUGUACACUUUCCAAAUAAUAUUGAUUAUUGUUUUUCUUUUAAUUAUAGUUUUUGUUGAUUUCUUUAUGUAUGUUUUAUUCUGUUGGAUUUAGUCAUAGGGUGACUUCACGGAGAUUUCCAGCAAAGAAAUUUGCUUUAGUUUUUGUUUGAUUCUGUCAUAAAUGCAUCAUGUGUUAAGGAAAUUAAAAAGUAUAUAACCUAUUGAUUUAAAGUGUAAUUAUUCCAGCCUGGUUUUAAGGUAAAAAUAAAUAAAUGAAAUGUGAA